AUGGCACUCGGCAACCGGGUUUUAGACCCCUUGUCUCUCUCUCUGCGCAGAAGCUUAAACCCUAACGCCACGAACUCCAUGGAAUCUAUUGCUAAAGUGAACUAUCGUCAGCAACAACUUCUUCCCUCAAUUCAUCUUCAGCGUCCAUCUUUUUCAAGGCCCGUUUCUUCUCUCUCCUUCAGAAACCGCUCUCCACCGCUAUUAUUACCGACACUAAAAUCAUCAGCCUCACACAUAUCAAUCAAAGCCUCCUCGUCUUCCUCAUCAUUACCAUACUCUAACCCUCAUCUUCGAAACCCUAAAACCUUCCAAUCCCUACUCUUUGAAACCCUAAACUCCUUGCCAUUCUCUCUCCACAGAACUACCCUCAUAGCCGCCGUCGCCGUCACCGCUGCCGCUCUCUUCUUCUCCAAAUUCAACCUCAAACCCGUCAUUGCCGCACCGAUAUCACCCCCGCCCACCGUCGAAAGCACUAAGAACGAAACCGUUGUGGACGAAAACAGUGAAAAAGAGAAAGAGAAAUCCCUUGAAGAACACUUGCAGUCUCACCCAAAUGAUGUUGAAGGUCUUCGAACCCUGAUGGAAAUUCGUAUAAAAAAUCAACAAAUCCUCGAAGCCAUAAACAUUAUCGAGAGGUUGAUUGAACUUGAGCCCAAUGACAUUGAAUGGCCAUUGUUGAGGGCACACAUGCACUGUUACGGUGGAGAGAUUGAAUUGGCCAAAAUUGGGUUCAACGAAAUACUCGAAAACGACCCUUUUCGUGUUGAGGCUUACCAUGGUUUGGUAUUGGCAGCUUCACAGGGGGAUUCAACGAGUGAAUUGAAGGAUAUAGAGAGGAGGAUUGAGGAGGCAAUACAGAUGUGUAAGAAAGAGAACAAGAAGGAUGAAAUGAGGGAUUUAAAGCUUUUACUAGCGCAAAUUCGAGUGAUUGAAGGGGACUAUAAGGAUGCUCUGAAGAUUUAUCAGGAGCUUGUGAAGGAGGAGCCGAGGGAUUUCAGACCCUAUUUGUGUCAAGGGAUAAUAUACACAUUGUUGAGGAAGAAAAAUGAGGCUGAGAAGAAUUUCGAGAAGUAUCAGAGGCUUGUUCCGAAAGGGCACCCAUAUGCGCAGUAUUUUGAUGAUAAUAUGAUUGCAACGAAGCUCUUUGCUCAAAAGGUUGAAAAUGGGAAGGCGAAAUUGAAGAGCUGA